UCUUCCGGACUAGGGGACGGAGCCCGACGUGGAGGUCGCGGGGCCGCGUGUCCGCCACGUCUCGCCUACCGCGGGCUGAUUCAUCGGGCUUCCCCUGGGCGCUUUCCCUUCCUCGCGGCCGGGCCCCUGAGGGUCUCCCUUUUCUGUCCAGCACCUGUCGUGGGAGGGGCGGGACACACCGUUUCAGGACCUGGGUCCCCCCCUCCCCCGAGUUUUUCUGAGUUGAAUCGGAGGUGGAAGGAAGCGCGGUGUUUGUCCUCCCCAGUGGUCUGGAUGAGGGGAGCUCGCCCCCUGGUGGGAAGCGCCGCUCUUUGAAACCUGCUUUCCAAGUGCGUGGUUGGUGACUUUCUCUCCAGAUGCUGAGGUGCCUGGAUCCCUGGCGCAGGCAGUUGCUGGGCUGCAGCUGGAGUAGACUGUGCCUUCUGAAGCACUCUCUGUUCACAAUGAAGUUGCAGUCUCCAGAGUUCCAGUCACUUUUCACAGAAGGCUUGAAGAGUCUGACAGAAUUAUUCAUCAAAGAAAAUCAUGAGUUAAGAAUAGCAGGAGGAGCAGUGAGGGAUUUAUUAAGUGGAGUAAAGCCACAGGAUGUGGAUUUUGCUACCACUGCUACCCCUGCUCAAAUGAAGGAGCUGUUUCAGUCGGUCGGCGUUCGUAUGAUCAACAACAAAGGAGAAAAGCACGGGACGAUCACUGCCAGGCUUCAUGAAGAAAAUUUUGAAAUUACUACACUACGGAUUGACGUUGCCACUGAUGGAAGACAUGCUGAGGUCGAAUUCACAACUGACUGGCAGAAAGAUGCUGAACGCAGAGAUCUCACUAUAAAUUCUAUGUUUUUAGGUUUCGAUGGUACUUUAUUUGACUACUUUAAUGGUUAUGAAGAUUUAAAAAAUAAGAAAGUUAGAUUUGUUGGACAAGCUAAACAGAGGAUACAAGAAGAUUAUCUUCGAAUUUUAAGAUAUUUCAGGUUUUAUGGGAAAAUUGUAGAUACACCUGGUGACCACGAUCCUGAGACUUUGGAAGCAAUUGCAGAAAAUGCAAAAGGCUUGGCUGGAAUAUCAGGAGAGAGGAUUUGGGUGGAACUGAAAAAAAUUCUUACCGGUAACCACGCACAUCAUUUGAUUCACCUCAUCUAUGACCUUGAUGUGGCCCCUCACGUAGGCUUACCUGCUAAUGCAAGUUUAGAAGAAUUUAACAAAGUCAGUAAAAAUGUUGAAGGUUUUUCCCCAAAGCCAAUGACUCUCUUGACCUCACUGUUCAAAGUACAGGAUGAUGUCACAAAAUUGGAUCUGAGGUUGAAGAUUUCAAAAGAAGAGAAGAAUCUCGGUUUAUUUAUAGUUAAAAACAGGAAAGAUUUAAUUAAAGCAACAGAUAGUUCAGAACCUUUGAGACCCUAUCAAGACUUCAUUAUAGAUUCUAGAGAAUCUGAUGCAACUGCUCGUGUGUGUGAACUCCUCAAGUACCAAGGAGAGCACGGUCUUCUGAAGGAGAUGCAGCAGUGGUCCAUUCCUCCAUUUCCUGUAAGUGGCCAUGACAUCAGAAAAGUGGGCAUUUCUUCUGGAAAAGAAAUUGGGGCUCUCUUACAGCAGUUGAGAGAACAGUGGAAGAAAAGUGGUUACCAAAUGGAAAAAGAUGAACUGCUAAGUUACAUUAAGAAGACCUAAAAUUGAUGAGAGCUGGCUACUAAACAAGCAGAAACGUUUUGUUAAGACUAGUUUUUUCCCCUCCGCCCUUAGUGAGAUUUAAGAGACUGGAAUAGUGAGAUUUAAGAGACCGGAAUAAAAGCCAGCUUAGAGGAUCUCUUCAGAAGAAUAAAGGUCUUAUUUUGUGAAAUACAAUUAUAUUUCAGGCACUAAAGGAAAGUCUACGUCCUCUUAAUCUGAUUUAUAUCACUGAACCUUGUAAUUCUUUUGGAAUAGUUCCUAAUGAGGAAAAAAAAGAGUUGGCUUCGCUUAAUCUGUCUAGGUUUUUUUAAAAAAGUGGGUUUUUUUGGUUUGUUUUUGCACAGGGCAGAACUAAGAUUAAUCCUAACAUGUGGUAACUGUUUUGAAAAAGAUGUUUCUUAGUAUUUGCAAUUGAAAUACCUGGUUUAAUUUUGUACAACGAUUGUGUAUGUGUCAGUUUUUAAUCUGAAUUCCAGAAUAAACCUGUGCUUGAAAAUAGCUGA